AUGGCAAUCAAAAAAAAAAAUAGUUUACCUUAUAAAGAUAGACCAAUCAAUAAUGUAGAUAGUGAAAGUAAAAAUAAUAAUAGUAUUGGUUUAUUAAAAUAUCAUCCAGAUAGAAACAAGAUAUUAUAUUGUUAUCCAAACUCUAAAAGUGUAUUCUAUGGAGACGCGGCAGAUGGUACAGAUUUCGAAUUAAUAGAACUCGGUUCGCAUAAUAAAGCAAUUUCUUCAAUUGAUAUUGGCGCUAAAAACAAAUGUGCAACAGCUUCCUUUGAAGAUAACAAAGUAAUUAUAUUUAGUUGUAUUUCAAAAAAUGAUAGAACUGAAAUAAAGACAUCUUCAAAUCCAACCUAUAUUCAAUUUAACCCAACACAAUCUUACAUCGCCAUUGGUUUAUCAAGUGGACAAAUUAAAUAUCACUCAGUUAAUGUUAGUCAAUCAAUUACAAUAAACAAUGCACAUAAUGGAGAUAUUGUUUGCCUAUCUUUCACCAGUGAUGGAGAUUAUUUAGCAAGUAUUGGAGAUGAUAACAAAUUAAAGAUUUGGAGCACAGAAUCAUUUGAGCAUGAUAAUCCAACACCAAUUCAUACUAUAGAUAUUGAAUCUAGUCCAGAAUCAUUAAAAAAAAUAGGUAUUUCAUGGAGACAAAGCGAUCAAAGAGAGCUAACCAUCCCAACCCUUUCUGGCUCAAUUAUAUCAUAUAUUUUCGAUGAAACAGAAAUGUCUAAUGAUUAUAAAACUCGUUCUUUCGGCUCUGAAGGUCACACUAAAGAAGCAACCUCUGUAGCAUGGGAUAAUGAAGGUAAAUACUUGGCCUCAAUUGGUUUAGAUAGUAACCUAUUUAUUUGGAACGGUGACUUUGAUGAAUCAAACCCUGAAGAACCUGUCCACUCCUAUAAACACAAAUCCCCAAUCAAUUCUUUUUCAUGGAGAUCACAACCAUCUUCAAAUUGCAUUUCAUUUUUUGAUAAAGAAAAUUUAAAAACAUACACAGAACUUUUGCACUCUGAAAAUUUAACAAGUUCUCAAGAAAAAAUAAUUGAAGACGAUAUUGAUGAUUUUGAAAUCGACAUUGACGAAAAUGAAGUCUUUAAUAAUAAUCAAAACAAUAAUAAUAACGAAAAUCAAAAAUCAAAAUCAGUUUCAAAUGAAGAUUCCGAUAAAGAAAUGAACGAAAAUGAAGAUAAUAAUAGUAAUCUCGAUGAAGAUGAAAAUAAUGGUAAUGAAGAUAAUGCUUCAGUUUACAGCCAACAAGUUUAUGAAAAUUGUCAACAAGAAUCAUUCCAAAUCGGUUCAACUUUAUUAAAUGUUUUAAACAAUCCAAAAACCUUAAACUUAAAGACCAAGAGAUACUAUAUGGCCUAUAGUAUGUUGGGUAAAAUUGUUAAAAGAGAAGAAAGCCCAUCAAGCAACGAACCUUCAUCAAUUGAAAUCGAAUUCCAUGAAACUGGGUACAACAAGAAAAUCACAUUCAGCGAUAUCAAUCAUAAUUUAAGAUUAUCAUCACUUGGUCCAAAUGGUGCUGUCUUUGCCACAAAAUAUUUACAAAACGAAAAAGAAGAAUAUGAACAACAACAACAAGAACUAAUUGAAAAACAAAAGAACAGUGAUGAAAAAGAUAUUGGUUCCCAAAUCAAACCAUUGGAAUCUGUUAUUAUGUUCAAACCAUUUGAUACUCUAGGCGACACCACUGGUACUGAAUGGAGUUUAACCGAUACUGAAGAAGUUUCAGGUGUUUCAAUUUCAAAGAAUUUUAUUGUAUCAGUUUCAAGCAAUAGAACUUUACGUUUGUUUAGUUUGGGUGGAAUUCAAAUGAACCUUUUUACUCUUCCAGGAGAUUUAGUAACCAUGAAUACUUUUGAUGAUACUUUAGCAAUUGUUUAUCAUCGUUCAAAUGCAUUAAAUGAUAAUCAAUCAAUGAACGUUUGGUGGAUUAACUUAGCAAAUGGUAAACAAAUUUAUCACGAUAGCCUUUCAAUCUCCCCAAGCUCAUCUUUAUCAUGGAUUGGUUUCUCAGAUAAUGGUUUAUUAACUACAAUGGAUUCAAUUGGUGUUGUUAGACAACUUUCAAAUGGCUGGUAUAACAAUCAAUCAUCAACAUCAUUCCUUCAAUGGACUUUAAUUAUGGACCUUAGAAAAUGUCAAAAGCCACAUUCAUUAGAUCUUUAUACCUAUUGGAUCAUUGGUUUAAAUACAACUGACCUCUAUUCAAUCUUUUGUACUGGUUACCCACAAACUCCAAAAUGCACCCAUAACUAUGUAAAAAUUGAAGCUCCAUUGCUAUCAAGUGUUGAUUCUCCAAUUUUAAGUAAUGAAAGAGAAUUUUUAAAGAACAAAUAUAACUUAUCAAACCUUGUUAAUCAAACACAAAAUAAUUUAAAUUCAAGUUGUAUUAAUUCAAUGGGACCAUUAGAAGAUUCUGUGCUUACCAAACAUCUUACUGACUUGGAUACUGCUACCCUUAGAUUAUUUAACUACUAUACCAAACUCGGCAAAUAUCAAAAAGCAAUCGAUUUAUGUAAAAAUUUAAAUAUGAAGAAAUCACUUCAAAUCGCCUUUACCUAUUCAAAUGGACUUCGUUUACCAUGGUUAACAAAAAAAAUUGUAGAAUUAAUUGAAAACUUUAAACCAAUUAAUGUCAACAAUACACCAACUACAACAAUAUCACCCAAAACCACCACAUCUAGCCAGAAUCAAACUGUUGUUGUUGAUUCACCUCCAAAAAAAGCACCAAAGCAACAAUCAGAUAGCGAACCUGAAGAAGAAGAAGAAGAAGAAGAAAAACCAAUUGAGCAAUCACCAAAAUCCACAAAAACUUUUAAAAAUACAACCAAAUCUGUAAAAAAAAACCCAUUCUUAAUUAAAAAGUCAUCUGAUACCAGUGAUAAGAAAAGAAAAGAAACACAAUCUAACAACCAACCUUCAAAAAUUUCUAAAUUCCAAUAA